GUUUGAACAUGGUACAAAAAUACCAGUCUCCUGUCCGAGUAUACAAGUAUCCAUUCGAGCUGGUCAUGGCGGCCUACGAGAAGCGUUUCCCCACCUGCCCGCUCAUCCCAGUCUUCCUGGGCAGUGAAGUCCUGGGCGAGUGGCGAAGUGCGGAUGGGGCAGUGCACACGGUGGAGCGGAGCUGCCGGCUGCGCGUGGACGCCCCUCGGCUGCUGCGGAAGAUUGCUGGUGUGGAGCAUGUGGUCUUCGUUCAGAGAAAUGUCCUGAACUGGAGAGAGAGGACGCUGCUGAUAGAUGCGCACAACGAGACCUUUGCAAGCCGGGUGACGGUGAAGGAGAACUGCAGCUACACAGUCCAUCCUGAGAAUGAAGACUGGACUUGCUUUGAACAGUUGGCCUCCCUGGAUGUCCGCUCGUUCUUUGGCUUUGAAAGCACCUUGGAGAAGAUCGCCAUGAAGCAAUAUACUGCCAAUGUCAAGAGGGGGAAGGAGGUGAUUGAGCACUACCUGAAUGAGCUCAUUUCCCAGGGAACAUCCCACAUUCCUCGCUGGACACCAGCUGUAGUGCCGGAGAAGGGUGCCCGAAGCCAGGCUGUGCCCCGGUGCCCGAGCUCCCUGCAGACAGACGGCCCCAGUGAUGCCCCAGGCCCUGUUCCUGAGAUGGCCACCGCGGAUGGGGACAAGCUGGAAGCAGACUACAUCGAGAGGUGCCUGGGCCAUCUCACUCCCAUGCAGCAGAGUUGCCUGGUGCAGCUCCGGCACUGGUUACAGGAGACCCACAAAGGCAAGAUCCCCAAAGAUGAGCACAUCCUGCGCUUCCUGCGAGCACGAGAUUUCCACCUGGAUAAGGCCCGGGACAUGCUGUGCCAGUCCCUGAGCUGGCGGAAGCAGCACCAAGUGGAUCUCCUUCUGCAGACCUGGAGGCCCCCAGCUCCCCUACAGGAGUUCUAUGCCGGAGGCUGGCACUACCAGGACGUAGAUGGCCGUCCCCUCUACAUCCUGCGCCUGGGCCAAAUGGACACCAAAGGCCUGAUGAAGGCAGUAGGCGAGGAGGCUCUGCUGCAGCACGUGCUUUCUGUCAACGAGGAAGGACAGAAGAGAUGCGAAGGAAACACGAGACAAUUCGGCCGUCCCAUCAGCUCCUGGACCUGCUUGCUGGACCUGGAGGGCCUCAACAUGAGGCACCUGUGGCGGCCGGGGGUGAAAGCCCUGCUUCGGAUGAUCGAGGUGGUGGAGGACAACUACCCCGAGACCCUGGGCAGGCUGCUCAUCGUGCGUGCGCCCCGCGUCUUCCCGGUGCUGUGGACGCUGGUCAGCCCCUUCAUCAAUGAGAACACCAGGCGGAAGUUCCUCAUCUACAGUGGCAGCAAUUAUCAGGGCCCUGGUGGCCUGGUGGACUACCUGGACAAGGAUGUGAUCCCUGACUUCCUGGGAGGAGAGAGUGUGUGUAAUGUUCCAGAAGGAGGACUGGUCCCCAAGUCCCUGUACCUGACCGAGGAGGAGCAGGAGCAGGCUGACCAGCUACGGCAGUGGAGUGAGACCUACCAUCCAGCCAGCGUGCUCCGAGGGAGCCCCCAUGAGGUUGCCAUGGAGAUUCCAGAAGGGGAGUCCGUCAUCACCUGGGACUUUGACAUCCUCCGAGGGGAUGUGGUGUUCAGUCUGUAUCAUGCGAAACAGGCACCCAAGCUCAGUCCUCAGGAGCCUGGUGUUAGAGCCAGUGGGCAGUUGAUUGAUAAGGGCUGGGUCCUGGGGGUACAUUACAGCCGUGUUGAGGCGCCCCUCAUCUGCCGAGAAGGGCAGAGCAUUCAGGGUUCCCAUGUAACUCAGUGGCCUGGCAUCUACCUGCUCCAGUGGCAGAUUCACAGUCCCCCUGAGAGUGUGGCCUGCAGUCUCCCAGGCGUUGAUGAUGUCCUGACAGCUCUGCACAGCCCAGGCCCCAAGUGCAAGUUGCUGUACUACUGUGAAGUGCUGGCAUCUGAAGACUUUAGGGGCUCCAUGUCCAGCCUGGAAUCCUGUGCCAGCCGCUUCUCUCAGCUCAGCGCCACCACCUCUUCCUCCUCUGGCCAGUCCCAUAGUGGCUCCAUGGUGUCCAGAUAG